CAAGGGCGAUAACUCAAAAAAUAAUUCUAGCCCGAGAGGCGAAAAAUAUGGGACAUUCACCUAAGUUGAUAGUUUUUGAUUUAGAUUAUACACUAUGGCCUUUUUGGGUUGAUACACAUGUAGAUCCUCCUUUUAAAAUGCACAGUGAUGGAAAAGUUUAUGACAGAUCUGGAACACAUGUAAAAUAUUUUGAAGAUGUACCAAAAAUUCUCCAGGACUUGAAUCAACAGGGAUUUCAGCUAGGUAUUGCAUCAAGGACAGCAUCCAUUGAAGAAGCAAAAGAAUUAGUCAAGUUAUUUAAAUGGGAAAAAUAUUUCCAUUAUAGUGAAAUAUACCCAGGAUGUAAACUCAAUCAUUUUAGGAAAUUUCAUGAAAAGAGUGGUUUACCGUAUACUGAAAUGUUAUUUUUUGAUGAUGAAUACAGAAAUAUAAAAGAUGUUGGAUCAUUAGGUGUUACCUGUAUCCAUGCUGAUAAAGGAGUAUCAAGAUCUGUUGUGGAUGAAGGACUUGGUGCCUUUGCCAUGAAGAAAUGUUGACACAGUUUCAAUUAAUCUAGUCUUGACUUAUAACUUGCCGAACAAAGCUUUUGUUUUUCUAUUUACAUACUUUUUUUUAUUGAAAAUAUCAAAAAGUAUAAUAAAAUCCAUAAAAAUUUGGAUCAAGUUAUACCAGUUCUCAGGACAAAAUUUGGUGAUAUAUAUUUAAUGCCAGAUUUUGAUUGGUUGAUAGGAGGGAGACAAUUUACUCUAUCCCAUGGCAAACACUCUAUUACCCUUCACGGAGACGCUUGAUCAAGUGAGUGCUUUAAUAAAUACGGAUGAUUGCUAUGUACAAGCCGUCACAGUAUAAACCUUGGCUUCGCCUCAGUUGACAAUGUUUUCUCAGGGUAACAAUCUGCUCUAUCACCCUCUCAGAUAUGCGUUAUUUAUAUAUAGUCUAGUUUUAAAACCACGACCCUGCCACCUAACCAACAUGACUUGUAACUAACUGUAAAUAGAACAAAAUGAUAACAAAACUAACAAUAAUAGUACUUCAAUCAAAUAACAGCCUUCACAACAUGUUUUAGAAACAAAAUUAAUUGUCAUUACUAUGCAGCAAGGGUCUGGAAACGGUCAUAUUUGCCAGUCAUGUCCUAAACUGAAAGCUAUAUGUCCUAAACAAGUAAUUGAGAUUUAGGACAAAUUUUAUGUUUUAACAGAAAUAAUUUCGGUCAUUUCAUUGACUCAAUGUUUGAAAUCAGAUUUCUGAAUCGCCAUUAUGCACUUGUGAUCACUUGUUUUUGUUUAUAAUCCCUUUCCUGUAAUAAAACUGCCACUCCAUUAUAGUUUGAUAAUCCUGAGGGCCCUCUUAAUAACUAUAUUAAUGCAUCUGGGAACAUUGGCUAAUGAUCGCUAAUUACUUUUUACCUAUGUUUUUUAUUCACACCAGACAUUGAUCACAAGCUCAGAAUAAUAUCUUAAAGAAAUUAAAAUUCCGUGACAAGUGUAUGCACCAUGUAGUUUUACACUGAACAUUCAAGGAAAAUUUACAAAAAAAAAUACUGAUUUAGAUCCACAAGGUCAUUAUAAAUUGACAUUAUAAUUAAAAAACCUUACAAGAAAUUAUAUUUCUAAGAAACCCAUGUUCAUAUGAUUAGUUGAUUCAGUAAUUUUCAGCCAAUAUAAGAUCUAAGAUAUAUGCUAUUGUAGAUCAAAGUCUCACGAGAUGUGUAUUAACUUAGUGUUUAUACUAAAUACAUUUUGUACCGGAUUUUAUUUAUCUAUAUCUAUAACAGAAACAAUGAUAUUACAAUGACAAUUAUAUUUUUAAAUUUGUUUCAUGUAUUUGAACAUUUUUAAUGUGUAACUGUAAAUAGUUCAUUAUUUAUUACCAUUCUGAUAUUGAAUUCAGACAAAAUAAACUUAACUGAUUUAAA